AUGCAUGAAGCGCUAGCGAAUGAUGUACUAACAAAGUAUUCUGGGCUUUCUCUCGUGACGGUGCUGAAGACGAAGUCGGGGUCUUCUUUCGUUAAGUUUAGUGAUAUUGCUGGUGGAAUUCCUCGUGAGGUGAUGGUGAACGAUUCUAUUAUCGACAUGGGCAUAAAGAUGAUUGCAGACAGUGUGAAAGGGUGUGUGGCGUUAUCAUCACUGAUGAUAUGGCCUUCUGCAUUGAAGCAGUAG